AUGAGCGCGCUCGACGAGGCGCUCCUGCGCGAGGACCUGGCGGCACCCGUCACCAUCGCGAGCCUCAUCUCGCUGUCGCCAGCUCAACUCGCCCUUGCCGCCUUCCGCCCCGACCUCGACUUCCUCACCCGCCAGCGCGCCUACACCGAGUUCCUCCUGCGCCGGAGCAUGUAUCGCGAGAGCGCCAAGCGCGGCUCGCACGAGCAGCCCAUCCUCGAGAUGUCGCUCAACUUUGAGCGCCCCGCCUCGCCGUCGAGCAUGUCGAGCUCGGAGCUCGCCCUCUUGCAGUUCAACCCUCGGUGCAUCACGGCGCGCGAGGCCGGGACGGCGCAGCACCUGUUCUUCGAGCGGGCCCGCGCCAAGCAGGCCGAGGACGACGCCGAGCAGCGGCGCAUCGCGCAGCAGAUCCUCCACGUCGAGCGCUGCGACCUGCAGUACCUCGGCGGCGUGCCGUCGUUCGCCAAGAACCUGUUGCUCGAGAUCAAGGAGGACGGCCUCGUCAUGUCGCCCGAGGGCACGGUCAUGGUGCAGAUCGAGUCGCAGCACAUCACGAGCUUCCACUACGUGACGACGGUCGACGGCGCGAGCGGGCGCGCCACGGACUGCACGCUCAAGGUCGAGGCGAGCGAGGGUGUUCUCGUCGGGCCCGACCAGGACACGCAGAUCAAGCUCGUCGUCAUCAAGCUCGGCCGCGUCAGCGUCUCGGACCCGUCGUUCGAGCACUUGCGCUCGACCGUCGCCAAGUGGAGCGCCGUCGAAGCCUUCCCGGUCCACCUCGUCGAGACGCGCAUCGUGCGAGAGCAGCCCACUGCGGUUCCUCCUUACCCGACCCCGCCACCUCGCGCGACCUCCCUCCCCGACGACGCGAGCAGCAGCAGUCAACCACGCUCUCGCUCUACGACCGCGACGUCGCCCGUGCCGCUGUCGAACAAGCGUCCGCUCCCGGACGAGUUUCAGCAGCAGCCGCAGAGCAACAAGCGCGCCCGCACCGCCGAGUUGUGCCAGUUGCAGGCCAGUCGUGCCGGCCUGUGGCGCUUCGUCGGCGACCUGCCCGAGGACCCGCUCUGGCACCCUGGCCACCUCGUCCGCCAGCUCGCCCUCCUCCGCGCCAUCAUGCCGAAGCACCUCGCCAUCAUCGACUACAGCCCCGACGAUCUCGCCUUGCUCUCGCGCGCCGCGCUCCCGUCGGCGCUCCCGAUCCUGCCCCGGGGCCUGCCGCCGUCGUACCCGUCGGUCAGGCAUCGCGCCCCUGAGCGGCUCGCUCUCGAGCACACCUACCGCAAGGUGCAGCGCCUCGAAGUCGACACGACGCGGCUCGUCCUCCUCACCGACGCCUACCCCGAGGUCCGCCUGUACGCGCAAACCGUCGCCAAGACCCAGCUCGCAAGCGACACCCUCAAGCAGGCGUACGCCACCGUCGAACUCGACCUCCAGAGCCGCAUCGCGAGGCAGACGCCCGAGACGAAGGACCCGCUCGAGAGCUUGCUCGACUUGGUCCGCAAGAUGAGGGACUCGCUCGACUUCUGCUGCCGCCACUUCUACCACGCCGGCUCCCUCAUCCGCACGGUCCCGCCGUCCCUCACCCACGUCAACAUCGGCAUGGGCCCGCUGCGCCGCUUCGAGGGGGCCCUCAUGGCGAUCGUCGCGUACGAGGAGAUGGCGGGAGCGGUGGGCUGAGCUGCCGUGGUCGAGGUGGAGGAGGUCGGGAGGAGGUCCGGCUCGACUUGGGAAGGUCGCCGAAGUGCAUCGUGGCUUGCGUCAGCUUG